CACUGGAGGCAGCAGUGCUAGUUUGAAUGUUGCUGGUGGAGAUACCAACAGCUACACUCUGACUGGUCUUAUAUAUAAGAGGGGAGACGUAAGACAUAUCGAUUGUAGGCACAUCAGAUCACAUCUCCAGUGAGAGUGUGGAGUUGAGUGUCACUCUAGUUCCUGGUCUGACUGGAGGAGAGAGAAAAGAAUAGAAAAUUACUUAUCCUUCAAGUAAAGUAUUGUUUUUUGAAGGGCCAUAUUUGACGGUGGAAGUGGUAAUGAUGGGAGUCAGCUCCAUCUCCCUGUCGUGGCGUGUGUCUGGAGACAAAGUGGUGGGUUCAGAGGUGGUGUGGCGAGCUAUUAGUGGCCCUGGAGGCAGAGAUUCCAGCGGCUCCAUCACAUCCACCAGCUACACCAUACCUGACCUCCACACAUUCUCUGUUUACAGGGUCACAGUCACUGUCUGCAUGAUGUCCUUGCGAAAAUUCAGUGAAUCUGCCAUUGCCUUCACAGUUCCUGCAUGUGAAAGCAGUGGAUCACCAUCAUCAGUAGCAGUAGCUGCUGCUCUUAGCGGUGUGUUGGGAGUGGUGGUUGUGACUGCUAUAGUAGUGCAGGCUAUGGUGAUAGUCUAUUUCAUGAGGAAACUCCAAAGAGCUGAAGAAUACACUGCCACUCUGCGUGCACGCGUACUAAAGAGAGUUGCUUACAAACACUGUGUAGUGUGCACAAUUCUGUUGUCUCAACUUCUCAUUGUUAUUUUUGACAUAAUUAUGUUCAUCGGCAGAGGACUU